ACGGCGGCGAUCGCGACGGUAGCGUCAGUGGCACCGGGCGCGACGAGUGUGUCGGUCGUGUAUCGGUCGGGUCCCAAGCACAGGUCCAACGCACGCGUUCGCGCACCGUCCGGGGGGAAGGGGCCCAACACGCGCCGGUUCCGCGUCCGUGUUAUAGUAAAUCAUACAGCAUACGUUUUUUUUAUCGCAAUAAAUAUGAUAUAUUUAUAAUUAUUUGUUGUAAUUAAUAUUAAAUCAUCCAGGCGAUAAUGACAAUAAUGAUCAAAUAAUUAUUAUUGUAGUGACAGUUAUUAUUAUAUCGUAGUCGUAUACACGACUUAUUGACGGACCGUUUAUUAUAUUGUAAUAAUAUAACUACUGUGUUGAAAUACAUCUGUCGACCAAGACCCUGUGCGGCACACACUAUACCUACGGUACAUAUUAUACUUAAAUCAUUUUAAUAUUAUCGCCGUCGAUUGCCACCGGUCACAGAGGAGCAGCGUGAAGCAACUUCACUAAACGCGGAAGACGAAAGCCCGCGCCGGCUGAUGGAAUCCACGCCACCGCCGACUUCGGCGGCCGGCGCCUCGUCCUCGUCGCCCAACGCCGGGCGGUUCGCGGACAGGGCCACUGAGAGCCUGUACCAGAGCUACAACGCCAAGCAGAAGCGAGCGGCGUUCGCGUGUUACGUGUCCGCGUCCGUGCUGUUCGACGUGUACUGCCUGUCCGUGUACGACGCACGGUCGCCGUGGACGUGGUGCCUGCUGGCCGCCAACGUGGGCACGCUCCUGUGGUGCCGGCUGGCCGGCGGCCGGCGCCGGUACUGGACGGCCGUGGCCCACCUGGCCUGGCUCACCGCCGACGUUCAGGUCGUGUUCCACAUGGUGGCCAACGCGGCCGAGGGCGCCGACCUGCUCGGAUGGAUACUGCUCUACGAUUACCUGGCUUAUGUGUCCCUGCCUCUCACUCUGGCACUGUGCAUAGCCCUCAGCGCCACCACGUGCGUCACCUACGUGCUCACCAUGGCCGUGCUGGGCCGUCACCACGCGUACCUCGCCCGACAGUUGGCCACGAACAGCGUUCUCCUUUUGGCGUCCAAUUGUUUGGGACUUUUGUCCUAUUUCCUGGCCGACAAGCAGCAGCGGACCGCCUUUCUGGAAACCCGGCAAUGUCUCGAGAUGAAAAUGGUCAUAGAAGAACAAUCGACCGAGCAGGAACGGCUGUUGUUGUCCGUGUUGCCGGAACACGUAGCCGUCAAAAUGCGCCAGGAUUUGGGUGAGGCAUUGGACAGUCAAUUCAAAAAGAUAUACAUGAGUCGACACGAAAACGUCAGUAUAUUGUAUGCCGACAUCGUUGGAUUCACGGCAAUAUCGUCUACAUACUCGGCGUCAGACCUGGUAAAAAUUCUCAAUGAGCUGUUCGCCAGAUUCGAUCGACUGUCCGAGAAAUACCAACAACUCAGGAUUAAGAUUUUGGGAGAUUGUUACUAUUGCAUUAGCGGCGCUCCCAAGGAACGACCCGAUCACGCUGUACUCAGCGUGCACAUGGGACUCUCCAUGGUCAAAGCUAUCAAGUACGUACAACAAACGACAAAUUCACCGGUAGACAUGAGGGUGGGCAUACACACGGGAGCCGUUUUAGCCGGUGUCCUGGGUCAGAGGCAGUGGCAGUUCGACGUUUACUCCAAGGAUGUGGAAUUGGCGAACAAAAUGGAAAGCAGUGGAAUGCCGGGACGAGUGCAUAUAUCCGAAAAAACCUUGAGCUUCUUAAAUGGAGAGUUCGAAGUCGAGCCCGGUUACGGAGAACGCCGCGAAGAAGCACUUAAGAUGGCCAGCAUAAAAACUUUCUUCAUCAUAAAAACGAUCAAACCGUUCAAAAUGGAUGUGCAAAAUGGAUCGUUGACCGAUCAAAAUAGUGCCAGCAAAGAAUCUGUGUGUGCUACACCGAUUGAUGACGCCGAUUUAAUAGCUCAGGCAAAAGAGGACUCCGAUAAUUUUAAGAAGCGUUUGAGAAAGGACUUGAUGAACAGAGAUGGCCACAGGGAUUUAAACAAGCAUACAAAAUUUUUCACUUUGGCAUUUAACGAUGAAGCAAAAGAACGCGAAUACAAAUACCACAAAGAAGCUGCAUCAGGUGUUUCUCUUAUAGGUUGUCCAUUAGUACUGUUCUUAACGUCUUCCGCACAAAUUAUUAUGUUGCCCAGAGAUAUUUUAAGCUACAUGUCCAGUUGUUUUGCAUUAGUAUUACUAUUGAUUAUUGUAGUAGUAUCAGUGGCAGACAUUUUUCCAAGAAUUCUACCAUCGAAAAUUGUAUGGUUCAGUGAGACUAUAAAUGACUCUUUAUGGAUUCGACGUAUACUUGGCAUCACGGCUGCGUCAUUGCUAGCGUCUACUAAUCUCGUGGGACUAGUAUCAUGUUGGUCAGACAAACAAAUACUUACCAACUGCACGCAUGGCCAAAGCGACCCAUCGACUUAUUGUAUGUAUCCAUCAUACUUCACUUACUUCAUGGUGUUGGCGCUAAUAGCCACGUCCAUGUUGACUCAAUUAUCUCAUUUCACCAAAGCAACUAUACUGUUCGUCAUCACUCUGAUGCAUUGCGUUGUCAACAUAGUUACAGUAGGCACCGCCAUAGACUGCGAGGACUCAAUCAUUUACAAACCGUUCAAAGUUUUGCCAUCGAAGUAUGCAUUGUCGUUUCUACUCAUAGCCGUCACAAUGGCACUAGUGUUUUUGGCCAGAAAUAUGGACAAAUCGUCGAGAGUUCUAUAUCUAUGGCGAACGGAAGUCGAAGAACAGAGAGAAAGAGCUUCAGACAUCCGAAGGAGAAACGAAGCAUUGGUAUACAAUAUUUUACCUCCGCACGUUGCCAAACAUUUCUUAGGUAGUUACAAACGUCAGCACGAAGAACUAUACAGUCAGAGUUAUGCCGAAGUUGGAGUUUUGUUUGCAUCAAUGCCAAACUUUUCAGAUUUCUACUCGGAGGAGACGGUUAACAAUCAAGGCCUCGAGUGCUUGAGAUUUCUCAACGAAGUUAUAUCUGAUUUUGAUGCGCUUCUGGAACAACCACGCUACCAGGAUAUUAUUAAGAUUAAAACAAUCGGUUCAACUUAUAUGGCUGCAAGUGGACUAAACCCUUCGCGUGUCGUAAAGCCUGAAGAUCCAAUUGAAGUUAGAUGGGCACAUCUCGCUUUGCUGGUGGACUUUGCUUUCGAUCUAAAAAAAGCACUUCAGGGGAUAAAUGAACAAAGCUUUAACCACUUUGUAUUGAAAAUGGGAAUCAACCAUGGUCCGAUAACCGCCGGAGUUAUUGGUGCGAGAAAACCUCAUUACGAUAUUUGGGGAAAUUCUGUGAAUGUGGCGUCAAGGAUGGAGAGUACUGGGAAGGCUGGAUGCAUACAAGUGACAGAAGAAACGUGCAAUAUUCUGCAACAUUUCGGGUUCAAGUUCGAACAGCGUGGCCUAGUGGCGGUCAAGGGCAAGGGGCAGCUGAUGACCUAUUACUUGGUGGGCAAAGGGCUCCAACCCAGCCAGGUGCCGCCGCCGAUCAUGGAAACGCUGCCGGAAGUGGAGGAAGAAGACACGGAUGAGUGCACGGUGGUCAGACAGGCGCUGUUGCCUCGGACCGAUCACAGCGGGUCCGCAACCGCUUCCGGUUGAUGAACAACGACAACGACUUUAAUUAUUUUAUUAUAACGAUGACGAGGACAACAUGACAUCGAUCAAUAUACAACAAUACAUAUUAUUAUGAUAUAUUAUAUUUAAAUUACCCAUUUCCGUCGCAUAGGCCAUACGAGACGUCACGCGAAAACUUCAGCUAUUUCAUAUAAUAUACGUCAUGUGCCGAAAAAUAAUAAUUUAAGAAUAGCUGAUACCUAUGUCAUAUUAUUAUUAUUAUUAUUAUUACCUACUAUAACCUUACGAAAUAAGUGUAAUUUAUUGUUAUGUUUGCUAACUAUGUGUUACGGUCGUGCACUUACUGAUCUAUGCGCUAAACGAGCUUUUUAUAAUUUUAUUAUUAUUUAUUAGAUAGUUUUAUUCGAUGGUUUCAGUUUACUUACAUUUUCUUUCUUUCUUUCUUUUUUUUUUAUCGAUCAUACCACCGUUAAUGUUAAACAUACCGAGGGAUCGUUUGAUUGUAAAACCCUCCGCCUUGAUUGUAUUUGUUCAUAUUGAACACGAAAACAAAUUUACAUAAAAACUCAGCAGAAAUGUUGUGAUUUUGUUCAAACUUUGUUUUUUGUAUUAAGAUAUAAGUAAUGCGUGUAUUAUUACUGUUACUAUUACUAUUAUUUUAUUAUUAUUAUUAUUAUUAUUAUUAUUAUUAUGAUUAUUAUUGCUAUCAUCAUCAUUGAGCUUAGAUUUAUUCUGAGUCAAUUUUUUUUUUUUUACUUAAUAAUAAUUAUUAUUAACUACCUACUAUUUACUACCAAUAUAUAGUUAUUGUUACCGCAACUAAUAUAAUGAGUGCGAUUCACAUACAUAUAGAUUAUAGUAUUAUACCUAUAGGACAUAAUAGCUAAUUUAUAAUCAUAAUAAUAGAGUUGUUAUUUUUUUUUCACCGGUAGAUAUAUUUACUAUUAUUUUAUAACAAAGAAUGAGAAUUGAACUGCUUAAUUAAAAAAUUAAAACCUGCCCUUCAAUUUUGUAAUUUGUUGUCAAUUUAACUAAAUAACACGUUAAACAAUAAAGUUUUCAAUUUUGUUUGUUUUAAAUUACCCAAACAAUCUAACAUACCGCGUCCAAUGUAUUAUGUAGGGACAUAGGCAAAAUCCUACAAAUUAUUACAACUAGGUACCUAUUUAAUAAUUUCACAAAUUUAGUUAUUGAGUACAACAUAAUACCAAUGCAUUUUAAAGUUAUAAAAAUUAACGUUCAUCAUAAUAUCGGUAUUAUACCUAUUUUUGUCAUUCACCGAUGUUGUUUUUUUCUUUUCAAUUAUUAUUAUAUUCACUAGUGUUAGGCUCAACAGUUUAUACUUAGUAUUUAUACCUUCAUCUGACCUGAAUGAUUUAUCAUUCAUAAAUACUCUUUAUGGAUAGUUUUGUAUGCAUUGUGUUAUUAAAAUUUAAAUACAAUAGACUUCACUUCACAAAUUAUUCUAUUCAAUUUUUAAACACUUAAUAAUGUACAACUUCAAUGAUUAAUAUGGUCAACUGCUGAAAUAGGAAUACUUACUGUUGUUAUUAGAAUACCUAUUCUAAAGUCAAUGGUGGUUUAUAUAUUUUAUUAUUUCUUUUGAAUUUUACUAAUACCUACGUUGAAAAAUAAUUCAAAAUAAAAAUAAUGUUGCACUCAUUUAAAAAAUUUCAUUUUUUUUUUUAUCUUGUCUAGCGAAUAGUUAAAUUUGUCCACAAAUUGCCUAUUAUCGGUAUAGUGUAAUUUUAAUUAAACUUUUAGACAACUAAUUACCUAGUCUUAUAGUAUGUGGCUUUUAAAAUCUUAAUGACUAUUAAGAAACAUGUAUUUUAAUUUUUGAUACAUGAUAUUUUGUUUUUAUUCUUUUUGUUUUUUGUUUUUAAUAGUUGUGUAUAAUACAUCAUUAUAGCCAAUAUAACAUAAUUUAUAAGAAAACCAAAAUCAAAUUUUAUAUGGUUAUUAAGAUGGUUUUAAUGUUACCUUAUAAAUAUUAUUAUUAUUAUUAUUAUUAUUAUUAUUAUUAGUGUAUCCUUAUUUAUGAUAAGAUAAUGCAUUUUAGACAAUGAUUGAGAUUCUUGGUGUACAAAAUCUAUAUAGGUUCAAUAUAUUAUAUUAUUAUGUACCUACAUUGUACACUUACUUUUUUUUUUAUCUCAAUAAAAUAAAUAUUAAUAGUUUGAUGAA